AUGAUGACGGGUCUCGCCAGACUGAGGAAGGGCGUCGGAAAACCCGUCUUGGGUCGGUUCGCGGGAGGACCGACCCAACGUGAGUACAGCGCGCAUGCCUGGGAAGGCCAUUCACAUGCUAGCAGACGCUGCGACCUGGGCGGGGCGUGUAACAUGGCCGACUGGGCAUUGAAGAAGUCAAUUCACGGACUCAUCAAUGAGGUGAAUGCAUCCAACGUUGCCAUGAUUGUGCGGGAGAUCUUCAAGGAGAACAUCGUGCGGGGUCAAGGCCUCCUCUGCAGGGACCUAAUGCAGGCUCAGUCAUUCUCUCCUACCUUCACUCCUGUUUAUGCAUCUCUGGUGUCCAUCAUUGAGCUGCUUCUCUGUCGCCUCAUUGUCCAGUUCUGGCGGAGCUUCAAGCACAACGACAAGAAUAGUUGCCUGUCUUCAACCAGAUUCAUUGCCCAUCUCAUCAAUCAUCAGAUCUGCCAUGAAAUCCUCGCUUCAGAGAUCCUCACACUCCUCUUGGAGAAUCCAACUGAAGAUUCAGUGGAAGUCCGUAAAGAGGGCUUCAAAGACAAUCCAUCCACUCCAGAUGAACUUGAUCUCAUUGAAGAAGGUAAUCAAUUCACCCACACUAUUCUCCUUGAUGAUGCCACAAAUGGUGAAGAAGUCCUCAAUGUUUUCAAGCCUGAUCCAGAAUAUCAGGAGAAUGAAGAAAAGUAUAAGAGCCUCUGUCAUGAGAUUUUGUAUGAAGGUGAUAAAGCAAGUGGUGAAGAUGUGGGCAGCACCAGUGGCAAUGAGAGUGAUGAUGAAGAUGAAUCUGAUUCUGAGGAUAAGCAGACCAUUUUGAACAGUACUGAGACGAAUCUAGUUGCACUGCGACACACCAUCUAUCUAACGAUCCAGUCCAGUCUUGACUUUGAGGAAGCAGCACACAAGCUGACCAAGCUGGAACUGAAGCCUGGUCAAGAAGUUGAGGUAUGUCACAUGAUCCUGGAUUGUUGUGCUCAGCAGCAGACUAAUGAGAAAUUCUUUGCCCAUCUCCUUUACACAGAUGCAAUUCAAUGGAUGGUCUUGUCCCAUAUCAAGCUGAGUGAGGAGGACACCACCAGCUCCAGUUGCAUCUUCAUCAAACUUCUCUUCCAGGAACUUAUUGAACAUAUGGGAUUGGGGAAGCUCAAUGAGCACAUCAAAGACCCCACCCUGCAAGGAGCAUUUGAGGGCCUCUUCCCACGUGACAACCCACAGAACAUCUGUUUUGCAAUCAUCUCAGUUGGCCUUGGAGGUCUCACAGAUGACCUAAGAGAACACCUGGCAAAGCGACCCAAUCCAACCAAUGUUGUCCUCCCUCAGAUGCAGGCUCUUGAGACCCAGCCAGAAAAGAAGCAGAAAGAUGAGUCAAGCAAUAGUUCUAGCAGUGACAGUUCAUCCAGUGUGGAAUCAGAUGAGAAGGAAUGGAAAAAGAGGAAGAGGAAUAAGAGUAUUGAGGCUAGGAAGAGCAAGAAGUCAACUUCCAAGAAAAAGAGGAAACAAGCCUACAGCAGCUGCACUGGGACUGCAGGCUUGUCUGUGUUGCAAUGGUCCUCCCUGAUGAUAAAUGAUCAGGACCAGUUCCUUGCCAAACUCCAUGCCAUCUGCCAUGAGGAGGUAUUUGGGCAAGAGAUAAGAAACGAUCUGUUGAAUCCAGACAUGACUGUUGACAGUCUCUUCUUUGUGACUUUGGACAUGUGA